CACAAAGAAAAUUAAGGAGGAAUUGUGAACUAUGAAUGAAUUCUUCGGUUCAAUUUUUUCAUCCAUAACUCAAAAGCAUCAAACUACCAAGAAAUUUGUAGAGAUAUCUCCUCUAUUUUUCUGGUUGAUAAGCUACGGUCGAAUAUCUAGAUUUAUCAUGAAUUAAUAGCAUCCACAGGUUUCUUUUAUAUUAAAAAAAAAACCAUUUUCUUCCAUGCCACGUCAUACAAAAAUUAUGUCCUUCAACGGACUGUGUAAACAUAGCAUUCCCCAGAAAUAAUGAAACAAUCUCCCCCGACUAUCCCGCGCCCCUUUCCCGCCUUUUUUCUUGCACAGGCAUCUCGUGGGAUCCGCUACACGUGUCCAUCUCCCGUCCCUCCCGUAGGCCAAUCCGACGGCCCAAAUUCUUCCUUCUCCGUCUAUAUACAGAAAUCGGAAACCCAAAAAAUUUCAGGUUCCGAAACUUUCUUUUGUUUCAUCUUCUUUUAAUCUCUCGUAGAUCAAUUAGCCAUGAAAGCCGUUCUGUUGAGGACGAGCUCGAACAAGGUCCACCCGCCGGUCUGCCCGGCCGGUUCGCCGGCAGUUUCCCCCAAGGUCUCCCUCCCCCGCAAUGACUCGCUCACCGGAAUGUUCGCCUGGGACCCAAACGCCCACAACAAGAAAUCGCUCCACCUCGAGAUCGCCAGCAGCCCGCGGCGCGGCGGCGCCACCAUCACCAGGUCCAUGUCAGAGAGCGACAUGGCCCGAUCCUUCAGCGACUUCUCCUCCGCUGUCGGCGGCGGAGGAAUGAACAAUAAGAAACUCCCGCAGUCCGCAUCCCGGUGCUCCCUCUCCGCCGUGGAGGAGGAGGCGAUCGCGGCGGCCGGAUCCGGGCGGAAGUUCAUGAGGAAGGACGUGUACGGGGUGGGGAUCGCCGCCGCCGGGUCGUGGGCGUCGGAGGUCGGGAUCCCGGUGGAGGAAUCCGGCGAGGCAGGGAAGAGGUUGGACGGCGGGAAUUGCAAUGGCGGGAACAACAACGGCGGCGGGUUCGGAGGAAGGGGAGAAGGGAACGGCGGUGACAAUGAUAAUAAGAGAAGGAUGGCUGAGUAUUACGAGCAGAUCAUUCGAUCCAAUCCUCACGAUGCCCUCCUCUUGCGCAAUUACGGCAAAUUUCUAUACGAGGUCGAAGGGGACGUAAAACGAGCGGAGGAAUACUACGGGAGAGCGUUGCUGGAGAGUCCAGGGGACGGGGAGGUGUUGUCUCUGUACGCCAGGCUGAUAUGGGAGAAUUACAAAGAUCAACAAAGAGCUUUUACUUACUUCCAUCAGGCUGCUUCUGCCUCCCCUAACGAUUGUAUGGUGUUAGGAUCCUACGCACAUUUCAUGUGGGUGUCGGAAGAUGAGGAAGCAGAAGCGGCCGCAGCAGCAAACAACGUUACUGGGGAAGCUCCACCACCGCCACCACCGGCGGCAACAACAACAAGGCCAGCCAUGGUUCCCGCCUUUUAAAACAUAGAACAGUAAUAUAUCAAAUAAUUAAUUGAUUGAUUAAUUAUCAAUCACAUAAUUGAUCAUCAUCUUAUAUAUUAAAUCGAUCAAGCAAGCUCCUUGGUCACAGAGAGCUUAGUCAUUGUUAUAUUCUAAUGUCAAUAACCCCAAACCAGAAAUACCAACUAGAAGAAACCAAACAAGUUCAUUUUACAUGGAGAGACGAGCGGCCACAUCAUUGUCGUGCUGCUGUGUGUUUGGCUGUUUGGUGUAGUUACUGUGUCGUUAAAAGGGGGCAUAAUUACAGAAACCUACUGCAUAAUCUUGUUUUUAUCUUUCCUGUUGAUGUACAGUGUAAUUAAUUAACUAAUUACCUGACUAAUUUCUGUGUAUUUCUAUUCUUAAUUCCAUUCCAUGUGUGUAAUUAACAAUAUUAAUUUAU